AUGGGUGUUUACAAUAGCCUCAUCCUUUCCGUCAUGGCCGCCGCCAAUACCUCUUUCUUUUUCACUACCGGUGCUGAGAUUCACUGGCGCCAGGCUGGUGGCUUUAACCGCGAUCCUGCCUCGAUCCACACACUCCUUACCGGUCUGACCGGCCUUGUUCUUGUCGAAAUUUUAUACAUUCUUACAGCCGCAGUGACAACACCGUAUAUUUACAACGUGGUGGGCUAUAUCAUUGGAACCUGGGCCAUUGUUCUUGCGGCUGCUUUCAAGCCUCUGGCCAACACAAUGGCUAAUCGAUGGGGCAAGCCUCUGGUUAACAAGAUCGCGAGUCGAUGGAGCCCAGGAAAAAAGAUUUUCGAGCGGCUCAAGAUUUACGAACCCGUACCACUCGGUGACUAUGAUGAAGAGGAGGAUAAGGCCGGCCUCCAUGCUGCGCCUCUUCUUGAUCACGCGGCGCCUCAUCUCGUUGAGAAUAAUCGUAAAAAAAUCUGGCUCAAACGUGCAUUCGUUCUCAUUCCGACCGGCCUCAUUUUCUUCCUUCGCCUGAUUCGGCCCUACGACGAGUCAUACUGGUUCCUUUCCCAAACGAUCGUCAUCUCCCCUUUCGCCGGAGUGGACUCUAAAGGCAAGCUUGCGAGCAUGGCCGAACAUCCCGAGAUCGAUGGCAAAUCUACGGCCUUGACUGCAACUCCUAAAUUUGACUGGAUGCCACAGGGUGAAUGGCCGGGAUUCAGAGAUUGGCAGGAUGACAAGUAUCCGCACUACAACUCAUCAUACGACCCUCUCCAUAUCUCAAAUCUCGAUCAAGAAAUUCUCGAACCUCUCCGCGCUGUGCUGGCAAAGGGAGAUGUCAAGAUUAAGCACGUUCUGGUCUUCAAAAUGGAGAGCACUCGGCAGGAUGUCUUCCCUUUCAAGAAUGGCAGCUACUUCCACGAACGCGUCAAGCAGUCCUACGGCGAUGAGAACAUUCCUGACCAGGUCCAGAAGCAUUUGGCAAAUUUGACACGCACUGCCGAGCGUCUGACAGGCGCCCAGUCGGGCUUCAAUCCCAACAAUCUCGUCAAGCCUUACGGAGGUAUCAGUAUGACUAACUCGUACACCGGUGGCACUUUCACAUUGAAAAGUAUCGAGGCCACCACCUGCGGACUUUCCCCCCUUGUGGUCGAUUUCAACCACGAAUAUGAGCACCACAUCUACCAGCCUUGCAUGCCUCACGUUCUUGACGUCCUAAGUGCGAGUACCAACAACAGCAAGAGCAAUGACUUUGUUGAUUGGCCAUGGCGCCCACGCUUUAUGCAGACCAUCACCGAUACUUAUGACCAUCAAGACCGCCUCACCCCCGCAUUGGGCUUCCGUGAUGAGAACAUCCUGACGAUGGAAGACAUUGAUGAGCAACACACAAAUGAUACGACCUGGAAAACCGAGAAGUAUAACUUCUGGGGCUACCCCGAUAAGGAGCUGGGUGGCUACCUCAAGGACGCAAUCCUUGAAGCCGAGCACAAGCACGAGCGUCUCUUUGUGACUCACCUCACUGGAAUUACGCACCAUCCCUGGGACCUACCUCCCAAAGUGGAUUACCAUGAGAUGAUCGGAUCGGUCACGAACUCUUUCGGCGGGAAGAAUGACGGACUGAACCGGUACUUGAACACAGUCGCGUUCAACGACAGAUGGUAUGCACGUGUCCUCGAGAUCCUGAAAGAGACAGGUGUCGCCGACGAGACUCUUUUCAUCCUGACCGGUGACCACGGAGUCUCUCUUCUUGAAGAUGGCAACGUCACCCCCUACGACAACCCUCUCGUCACCAACUUCCACGUUCCUCUCGUCUUCGCGCACCCCAAACUCCCCGUCAUUGAAUUGAACUCCUCCGUGACAUCCGUCCAAAUUCUCCCGACUAUUCUCGAUCUCCUCAAGGAGUCCGGAUCCCUGGACAGACACAGCGCCCGCGCGAUCAGCGACCUCCUUCCAAUGUACGAGGGUCAGUCAAUCAUUCGACCGAUCGUCGAGAAGGAAGACGACAAAUUGUAUUGGCAGUUCACAGUCAUGAAUACGGGCGGUUCCAUGGUUGCCAUGCGCUCAGCCGACAAACAAUAUCGGCUCAUCGUGCCCCUCGUCCCCGAGGUGGAGUGGCGCUUCACCGACGUUGCAAAGGACCCCCAAGAGGAGAAACCCAUUAAAUCAUUCACAUUGGACCUUCUCAUCUCUGCCAUCGCCACAAGACAUGGCAAGGAAGCCGUGGAAUGGACCCAUGACGCCGCUCGCGCGGCUCAGUGGUGGGUUCGCGAUAAUUGGCGGCGGUACGAGUUCGAUCCGUCGGCAUAA